AUGUGGACGUCUAGUUUCCUGGCUUAUCUUUGCAAUUACUCCUCUACUGUCUUUGUAUCUGAACUUGACAAUAAUGACGCCCAAUUGGGCAGAACUUAUGAGGAUCUUUUGGUUGAAAUUGUUCGGCGAAUAAGAUUGCGGGAGGAUUUUGUUUCUUUUCGUUGUGUUUGUAGAUCAUGGAAAUCAGUUGCAGUGGAAGAAAAUUUCCGGUACAAGUCCAUUCAGCUUCCAUGGCUUUUGCUUCCACCACAAAAGUGCAGCCAUGUACGUGAUUUCUAUCUUAUCUCCAAUAAAGGUAUUUAUCGUAAAGUUAUACUCCCAGAAUCCAUCGCUAGAAAUUGUUAUUCUUCAAAGGGUUGGCUUAUUACAAUUGCUCCAGAUUUGAGCAUGAGUCUUGUACAUCCUUUUUUCCAUGUUGAAAAUAAUUCCCUUAAACCCCAUCUUCAAAUUAAACCUCCCCAUAUCAAGACCAUUAAAAAUUGGGUUAAGCUUAAAACUCUUAAAAUAUAUGUUUAUUUCAUUUGGAAAUUCAUAUUAUCAUCGAGUCCUUUAUCGACUUCAGAUUAUACAUUGAUGAUUAUUUAUGGAGGAACUGGGAAGUUGGCAUAUUUUAGACCAGGCGAUAAGGCUUGGAACAUAUUAGACCUUGAGUACGGCUAUUUUUGGGAUGUUGUGUAUUACCAUGGACGGUUUUAUGCUAUAAAUUCUCUCAGUGAACUCAAGACUUAUCAUAUUAGUAGUGGCAAAGACAAUACCAGCACCAAGGUAGAAAAAGUUUCACAGUUGCCACUUCCAGGGUGGUUGUUGGAUAAAGCUUAUAUUGUGGAAUCAGGAGAAGUGAAGAAUUUGGGGAAUAGAGCUCUAUUUUUAGGCCAUAGUUCUUCAUUAUCAAUUGAAGCAUCCGAAGCGACUGGAUGCAAACCUAAUUGCAUAUACUUCACUGAUGACUGCGUGGAAAAAUAUGUGGAAGAGCGAAAUGGAGGAGGGAAAGAUAUGGGAAUUUAUAAUAUGGAAGAUGGGAGUGUCACGCCAUUUUUCAUAGUCGUUUAUGUUACAAUGUUGAGUAUUGACAUAAAUAUACAAGAUAUUGAUUCGGAUUCAUGUGAGUUGAGCAAAGUUGCUGCAGAUCUUUUAGGCCUUCGUUUAUAUUCAUGA